CAGAGAAACACAAUAGCAGGAUAUCACUGUCUACAGAGAAUCAGUGAGUUAGGCCUAGACGUUGUCUGAGUCUAUUGCUGGGCAGUGCCAGUUUACAUUUGAUGUGGAGUGUGUUAUUUGGCAGAUGUACCCUCACCAGGGGCCCUUGUAAGAGGACAGACGGGUAGGGUUAGGGUUAGACGAGUAGGUAGGUGGAGUUCUUUGUUCCUUUACAAGGACUUGUGACUCGUCACUGGCAAUGCUGUCUGUCUACAUGAACAAGGGACUUGUGACUGGAUGACAUGGCGGCCUCCUUGAACAAUUCAACCACCCAAAUCCCAACCUCGUUUGGCAUGGACCUACCUCACUACCUCCUUAUCGGGGUGUUUCUACUCACCGUCCUGGUCUUCAUAGUGCUGGGGACUCUGUGGCUCAAAAAGUAUCGUUCCUUGGAGCGGACCAUUCGGGACCUGCGAGGAGGAAGGCCUCUGGGAAAUGUAGUUUCCACUCCAGACUCCCCGGUUCUCUCGCCUGCUUCCCCUUGCCCCGUUACCUUCACAGAGAGACUGGGGAAAGAGGACCCUGAGGAGCAGACACCACUACAAGGAAACAAGACCAGGUCUGUCACUACCAGACUGCCAUGGAGGCCGCUACAACAGGGUCCCCGCUUCACCAAGUCAGACCUCAGUCUGCUGCAGCUCAUCAAGGCAGGGAAGGAGGGAGCCUUCUACAAGGCCAGGAUGACACGGGGAACCUGCAAGGGCCACGGCAUGUUCACCUGCAAGAUCACCAAAGAGGGUGUGACCCCUAAGCAUGUGGAGAUGGAGGUAUCCAUCAUGAGGAAGCUGGUGCACCACAAUAAUGUUCUCCAGCUGCUGGACUGGAACUCCACUGAGGAACCCUAUGUGUUGAUCAUGGAGUUUGUGAGCUAUGGAACCCUGCGGAGCUUCCUUCAGACCAACAGAGACAAGCUGGCCAAUGACCCUGAGCUACAGAGCCUGCUCACCAUUGCAUCCUAUCACAUCGCACUGGCCAUGGAACACCUCCGAUCCAAAAUGGUGGUGCACUGUGACCUGGCCCUCAGGAACAUCAUGGUGAGCAGGUUUCCCUGGGAGGUAAAGGUGUCAGAGUUUGGUCUGGCCAGAGACCUGACCCGCAUGAGGAGCCGACGCAGCAGCCGCAGGAAACACCCACAGGAACGUGUGCCCCUACGCUGGUACCCCCCUGAGUACUUCAGAAUCAACUAUUACAGCUUCAAGGGGGACGUGUGGGCGUUUGGCAUCGUGCUGUGGGAGAUGCAGACAUUUGGCACCUUGCCGUACCCGAACCUGGAGACGCCAGAGGCCGUGGUCUAUCACAUCUGUGCCGGUCACAAGAACAAAGACCCCGAGGGCUGCAGGCCAGAGAUACUGCAGAUAAUGCGAGACUGCUGGAUGGAACCCUACACUUCCAGGCCGUCCUUCACAGACAUAGUGAGAAUCCUGGAGGACGUCAUGGAUAAUGAUUCAGAUUACGUGGAUGUGGGGAACCCAAGACUCCUGGAAACAGGAGGGAAGGACAGCCACGACUCAAAAAGAAUCAACCAGUACUGAAUUUAGUACAUCUAGACAUUGACAACUCCAGUCAGCUUUGAGAUGAUGCUGUAUCUAAACUGAUAUACUUGUACAUAUGAUAUCUGGAUUGGUGAUAAAGUAAACAAUAUACGUCUACUAUCUCAGGCAAGCUCAUGAUCAUUUCAAAUCAUUUGUAGUAGAUAUUCUGUUAAUUAUACAUGUUCUUAUGGCACUACUGCCAAUGAUGUAAAUACACUGUAAGAAGUAACAAUGAGUUGUGUAAUAUUUCAGGAAAUACUAUUUUUAUUCAUUAAAAAAAAUAGGUUUAAUAAUAACAGUGGUUUAUUGGCUGGGUCAUCUUGGCCCAGGGACUAUUAGCACUCAAUGGGUGCAUCCCAAAUAGCACACUAUUCCCUAUAUAAUGCACUACUUUUGACCAGAGCCCUAUGGGGUAAGUAGUGCACUAUAUAGGGAAUAGGGUGCCAUUUUGGGAAGCGCGCAAUGACAAAAGUGGAAGUUCUUGUUGAGCAGCUUUGCACUCUUUGCUGCACAAUGAAUUUCCCUGCUGGGACAAUAAAGUCUGAAUUCAACAUCCAAUUGGGACUGGUCUCUUUAAUACCGUUGUAAACACACUGUACACACAACAGGAUCAGUAUACCUCACACGUUGGCCCCCUCAACAGGAGUCAUUUCACGGUAUGAUUGUGUCCCAAAUGGCACCCUAUUCCCUACAUAGAGCCCUAUUGG